AAAUAUCAAGAAGAGGAAGAAGAAGAAGAAGAAACUCCGCAGAGAAAAUAAAAUCCAUGGCUUCUACUUUUAGGCUCUCUAUUAGCUUCCUCACUCUCCUCCUCUUCUCUCUGUGGGUAGUGGAGGCACACACGUCAAGAAAGCUGAUAUCAAUCAAGAAAAACGAAGGUCAAGAUAUUAGUCAUUUGCUCAAAGAUGGUGAAUUCGAUGAUCCUUCAUUGUACAUGUAUUUCACACUCAAUGAUCUCAAACUAGGAACCAAAUUGCUGAUUUACUUCUACAAAAACGAUCUUCAAAAGCUUCCUCCACUUCUCACAAGACAACAAGCUGAUCUCAUUCCUUUCACUAAGUCAAAGCUUGACUUCCUUCUCGACCACUUCUCUAUCACCAAAGACUCUCCGCAAGGGAAAGCCAUAAAGGAGACUCUGGGACAUUGUGAUGCUAAAGCUAUUGAAGGUGAGCAUAAGUUUUGCGGGACUUCUUUGGAGUCUUUGAUCGAUCUUGUGAAGAAAACAAUGGGGUAUAAUGUUGACCUCAAGGUCAUGACAACUAAAGUAAUGGUACCGGCCCAAAAUUCUAUAAGCUACGCUUUGCAUAACUAUACAUUCGUCGAGGCUCCUAAGGAACUUGUUGGGAUUAAGAUGUUGGGAUGCCAUAGAAUGCCAUACCCUUAUGCUGUUUACUAUUGCCACGGACAUAAAGGUGGAAGCAGAGUCUUUGAAGUUAGUUUGGUGACGGAUGAUGGGAGACAACGGGUUGUAGGACCUGCUGUCUGCCACAUGGACACGUCCACAUGGGACGCGGAUCAUGUAGCUUUUAAGGUGUUGAAGAUGGAGCCGAGGUCAGCACCGGUUUGCCAUUUCUUCCCUCUAGACAACAUUGUGUGGGUAACAAAAUAAGAAAACAGACUUAGCUCUAUAUAUAAUGUGAGUAUGUGUUGUAAUAACUAUGGUUUGAAAGA